UUGCAAUCCGGACCGGAUUUGAAAACAGAAGGAAUGUUCUUGUACUCCUAAUUUUGUAGGGUGCACAGUUCAGGUGAGCGGCGAUCACCUAUUCACCAGCAUAGCAUUUGGUGUUCGGGUCAACCCGACCUCUUAGCUUGAAGCUGCUGCUGCUUUUGUUGGCCGUCUUUUCCAGCCGACUGUCUUCGCCUGUGGUUGUGGGGUUGUUCCUUCUUAGUCUUUCAUUACAUAGCUGCUACAGAGGCUUCAGCAGAAGCAAGACAACAAGAAGGUGCGAGCCAAAGCCCAACGGUUAUUGGCUGAGGCGACCUAUUGACGUGGCAACAGCAAGUGGAUAAUUAUAAACUCUUUGAAAUCUCACGCGAAGAUGAUUUGUACUGAAAAUGACAGACACAGACACUGCUGCAACUCUAAUUUCCGCUGAUUGUCCCUUUGCGAAGCUACCGGAUCAUCUACUGAUAGAAAUCUUCCUGCGUGUUCCCAUCUCAGACUGGGGGCAAAUAUCAUGUGUCAAGAAACAGUGGGCUAAACUAUUCCAGGAAGAAUGCUUGUGGGAUGCAGCCCUUAUUAGGAGUUUCCCUUUGGCUGGCCAAGCUAAACGGUGGCCAGGGCCUAUUCCUCGAGGUUUGAGUAAAAGGAGAUACGCUGCACUUUAUGUCAGUAAACAGAUUUUCUCACUCCAUGAUGAAAUUGAUGAAAUUGUGGGGCAUACUUACUUGUUUCUCAGGGAGCAGCUUGAAGUUUCACCAAUGCCACUUCCAUCUGGGAUACUUCAUGGAACCAUAAUAGAUCAGUUUAUUGCUUGUGGCAAAUCACAGGAUAAAGCAUAUGAGCUUGCUUCCCUCAUCUGGUUGGCUGUUAUUGACAACUUGGAGGAGACUGAGCAGACCUUUUCUGUACUUAAGCGUCUAGCACUGGAUGGUGAAGUUUUCCUACCAUUUCCGUACUCAAGGUCUUACAAUGUGCAAUGGAGAGUCUUUGAAAGGCUUUUCACAGACUUUCGUGACUGCUUCAACCAUGUUGAUUACUAUGAUUUGCUAUCAUUGGCGAAGAACAAAUUUCAGAUGAUACCAUCUGCUUGGCUGGGUUACUAGGCGGUGGCAUUUGGUCCAAGUGUGUAUAGAUUGUAGAAGCAUUGUUGGGUUCUAUACUAGUUGAUGAGACUCGUUUCGCAGGAUAGAGUUAGAGCUUUACUAUUCUUCACUGAUUCAUGGAUAUAUAUGUUGUUAUGACAGAUGAAGGCUUUUUCUGAUGUGAAAUAUGAUGCAAGAUGCAACUAAAAUUGUAAUGAUUUUCAA